CUGCGACUUCAUAGUUUGAUCUGCUACGAUGGACGAAAUCCCGCUCCUGCCGUUGGAGGUGUAUCUUUUGCGCGUGUCGUCCAUCUCUUCGAUCACGUUCUACACCACAACGUCGUUCGACGAUGGCAAUUCUCACGACGGAAUCAAAGCCUUCCUCCAAGCUCGACUGGGCGGCAUCACCGCGUGCAACCCAUGGCUCCGGGGCCAAUUAAAGCGUUCCAAAGAUGGACUUGUUCUCGAAGUAGAACACCGCAAUCAGCCGUUGCAACUUGGCGCCUACGAUCUCCCCCAGUUGUCGCCAGACAUGCCAUAUAACGACCUGACGACUUCGUUGGAGCCGUUGGCGGUGUUGCGAGGCACCGAGUUGGUGGGAAACCCUGACCAACCAAUAUUCCGCGUGGCAUGGAUCUCCAUCUCCCCCACUGUAGGGGCAUUUUACAUGUCACUGAGCCACGUUGUGGCCGAUGGCUACACUUACUACCGCGUGUUCAACAUGUUUGGCGCUGCUUGUACCCCCUCCGCGUUAACUCCCCGUCGGCACCCCGAUCUGCCCAUGCGUGCGAAGGGCUACAACGACACCAUGGACUUGCACCGGUCGGUCUCUAUGCUUUGGCACAUGGCUUCGACCGCGUUGGUGUCGCCGACGCCGACGAUUUCUGUCCACACGUUGAGCAACGAAUGGAUCACCAGUGAAAAAGAAGCUGCCCUGCCGACGACAGCAGUAUCGACCAACGACAUUAUUACGUCGUGGUACUUUCAGCUGUGCCGCGCCGACGUCGGCUUUAUGGUUGUCAACACCCGAGACAAAUACCCCCACGUGACGCACGACCUGGCUGGCAACUACACCACCCUUGUGGGGUACCAGCCCCAAGACUAUGCCUCUCCAUCGCUCUUACGAGCGUCCCUCCAAUCUGUUCCGUAUCGCCGGGCAGUGUCGGGGGCCCUGCCAUGGAUGUUUUACAAAUCCACGGCCAUGAUCACGUCCUGGGCGUCGCAGCGUGACGCCGCGCCGCCUGCUCUUCCGCAGUGCACCCUCGUGGCGCAUUUCCCCGUCGCCGACGCAUCGUAUAACCCGCCCUACACCAGCUUGGCCGUGGUGUUUCGAAAGUCGCCCACGGAAUUGGGGAUUAUCUUGCGCACCCGCAGCCCUUUCGCCAAUGCAAGCGCGCUGGCGGACGGCACAACGUCUUCGUCGACUCGUUGUUCGAUGGCUGAUCAAGAUAAGAAUGUCGCUUUCGCGUAAAUUUCUAGGCUACCACUAUUCGAUCGGAAAUGGCUGGCUGGUAUUGCAUGAAUGUUAAAGUCCUC